CCGUAAAUCAGAACGGCAAUGUGGUAAAACGAGAUCAUUACUGUCCUGGUAACGUAACUUACGUAUUUCCGUUCACCAUCUUACUUCCUUUUAGGCCAUCGGCGGACGGGAGCAAGAAUAAGACACCAGAAUGCUUGCCACCAGAGCCCUUAGUCUUGUUGGCAAACGUGCCAUUUCCACAUCUGUCUGUGUACGUGGAGGACAUGGUGUUGCUAAGGUAGAGGAAUACACUCUCCCUGCCUACUUUGACAGGCGGGAGAAUCCCCUCCCGGACAUCUGCUAUGUGCAGACCCUGAGUCCAGAGCAGAAGUCCCUGAAGGAGAAGGAGAUGGGCUCCUGGGCUGCACUUUCUAAUGAGGAGAAGAUUGCAUUGUACCGCAUCAGCUUCAAACAGAGCUUUGCUGAGAUGAACCAGGGAUCGUCAGAGUGGAAGUCUGUUGUUGGAGGGAUGUUCUUCUUAAUCGGCCUCACUGGUCUGGUUGUGCUCUGGCAGAGAAAGUAUGUGUAUGGACCUGUCCCACACACAUUUGAGGCCGAGUACAAAGAGAAGGAGCUGCAGAGGGUGUUGGACAUGAGAAUGAACCCAGUGGAGGGCUUUGCAUCCAAGUGGGACUACGAAAACAAGCAGUGGAAAAAGUAAAGGACCCAGAGGACCAUAACACAUACUUGAAAAUAAAGGCAGACCAACUCAAAGAUACAAGAAUACCUAUAUUUCUGUAUUUAUCAAUUGUCCACAUUACCUCAGUCUGUGCAUUUUGGAAGACCUCUUCCUCUUAAGGUCAUUGUGUAUUAUAGAACAAAGAAUAAAAAUGAUUAAACUGAUAAAAACGUA